UUCACUUUUAUGCCCUGGUUUUCUUUUAUUUCUUCUUUUCUGUAACUGCAGCUGGUGCUGAGAACAAAAUUGGUUGGGCAUUUGGUCUGGGAUUAGAGCGGUUGGCCAUGAUCCUGUAUGGAAUCCCUGACAUCCGCCUUUUCUGGAGCAAAGAUGAACGUUUCCUGAAACAGUUUGAUGUGCUUCAUAUUGACCAAAACAUACACUUCCAGCCUUUCAGUAAAUAUCCUCCUGUAAUCAAUGAUAUAUCCUUUUGGCUGCCUUCUGAAAAAUACUGUGAAAAUGACUUCUAUGAUUUAGUCCGAACUAUUGGAGGAGACAUGGUGGAAGAAGUCAAGCUCAUAGAUGUAUUCACACAUCCAAAGACAAAAAGGGUCAGCCACUGUUACCAGAUCACCUACCGGCACUUGGAAAGGACCCUGACUCAGAAGGAAAUAAGCAGUAUCCAUCAAACCAUUCAGAAAUCAGUAAUAGAGGAAUUGGGAGUGGAUGGAAGAUUUUGACC